AUGUCAUGUGACAUUUUUCUGUACGCCAUUGCUUUCAGGAGAUUUCUGAAGAUCAUGCUGGACGAGUACAAAGACAUGUUCAUUUACGCAGUUGAAGCCCUUCUUCUCUCGUUACAUCUGGGCGUGGUCUUCUACGGCUUAAAGAGAGACCAGGGCUCCAUCAGGGAUUGGUUCGGACUGAUGUUCAUGACGAGUGCUCUCUACGCCAACAAGAUUCUCCUGGGUCUGGUAGAACAGUGUCACCAAGAGAGACGUUUUAUUUAUUUUGAACUUCAAGACAAGCUCUACCACCCUGCAGCCUUGUACUUCGCCAAGAUACUUAGUGACAUCCCCUGCAACGCCAUCAUGGUGACCAUCUACGCUCUUCCUGUCUACUUGAUGGUUGGAGUCUCACUGGACGUCUACAAUGGCUGCUUGUUUCUGCUUUUUGUUGGACUUCCUGUAUUGACUUCACGUUGCCUAGCGAUGAUGUCAUCAGCCAUUUUGCCAACCAAUCAGAUGGCAGCUGCUCUUACUUUGGUCAUCUUUUCAUUCUACAUACAGGCCUCGGGUUUUUUCAUCAAUCUGAAGAACACUAGCUUAGCCACUCGAUGGAUAUCCCAGAUAUCAUUCGUGCGCUGGGGGUUCCAGGCGCUCUGUCUGCUGGAGGUCAAGCCUUUAGAGUUCCAGUGCGACCGGGGCAGUUCAAGCUGCAUGAAGAGUGGGGCAGAUGCCUUGUACAUGAUGGGCUUCGAGGAGGAGAAGCUGUGGCAUUGCUGCCUGGGCAUCUUAGGCAACAUGAGUGUUUUCUUGAUUGUCAUGUUUUUAGGAUUUCUGUUUAUCUCACAGAAGCCUCACGACAGAUUGGGCAACAGUUAAUAGUGCAGGCUUUAGGUCUCAGUACCUAGUCACACACUCAAUUACAUACUCACACACAUGCACAUACACACACGCUCACACACACUUGUACACAGAUCUGAUAAACGUUUGUUACUAUAAAUGUCAAUGAGUGAAACAUUUAAAUUUUUCUUGUUUUUUAAUUUCUUUAUUUUAAAAUAACCCAGUAAAUAAGUAGCACUUUCAGACUUUGCUAUGGCGCAGAGGAUGUACAGGUCAUCUGUUUCUGUGGCUCAUUGUUAACGAGGGUGUCAUGUGGCCAGCACAAUGACCAACCGCAUUUACUUUUCCACAACUAGUCAGAUACCCAUUAGAAUUGUGUCAGGGGCGCAUUGUCUUCAACGGGAUUUGAAUCCGAGACAUCUCGGUUUGGAAGUCAAGUGCUUUACCUCUCGACCACUGCGCAACCCAUGUUUCCUAUAAAAUUAGGGUAUUAGCUAGGGUUACUAGAUGCCCCUGGGUCCAUCCAACUCUUAUUAGUACCUGACUUUAGUUCGGACGUUUUUCUGGCCACAUGACACCUUCGCUAACCGUGGGUCAUAAGAACAGAGGAGCUCUCUAUCAUUCAUCCUGUGAACUGCAAAGGAAACAGAGUUUUGGCGUUAAAUUAUGCAAAUAACUUGAUCAUUAAAUGUAUACUUGUGAAAAAUAUCCCGUCUAGGUAACAACAUCAAACUGUAGGUCAAGGCUGUUUAUAUCAUAAGAAAUAAUUAUUUUAGCCUUGUUAAGGCACGAUUAGGAAUUUAGUGGGAAAAAUGACUUGACUUACAGAUAAUGACGCGUCGAAUUAAAACACAAGACUAGGAUAUAGGAAGUAAACACUGAAGGCUUUUUGGCAGCCCUAGAGUAAGGUCGGCUUUAGUAACUGAAGUAGAGAUUUAGCUUGAUGACAUUCGAUGGUUCCCUUCGUAAUUAUUAAACUUCUAUCAGCGUCGACUAAGUUAUAUUGUUGGCCUUUCACCUGUGUCAUUUGAUUUUUGUUAUUUGAGAGUUACCUUUGGUUACCUACGUUGGACUAAGCCGCAUAAGACACAGCGCGGAAGCGCCUAACAACUGGCGACCCAAGCCUGGGCACGCAGAAAGGCUUUCAAUAUACUUACUAAGCCUAUAUUUUUGUUUUGAAACGGAACUACUUUCACAAGAUUUAUUGCAUGACUUUUUAUUAAAGAAAAUGUAUUCUUACA